AUGAAAAACAAUUCUGUCAAAUUUAAGUAAAACGUUCCAAAGUCUUCCACAACCUCUAUCAUUUCAGAAUUCUCUUAUGAUGAAUCUCCUACACCAAAUGGAUUUCAAUUUUAAAGCUUUACUCAUGCUUAAACUAUUUCAGCAAAACUCAACAAAAAUUCAGUCUAUAAUCAAUAGAAUAUUAUGUUUAACACACCCAGAAGAUUGGCAGUUCCUUUUCAAGAAAUUGUAAGAAAUUAAAAUAAUUCAAUUAGGAAAAAGAUGAAGUACUUUCCAAAACACCAGUAAAUAAGUAACUCUUUGAGGGAACUAAAUAAUUCAAUAGUGGAUAAAUAGAACCAGUUUCUUUUUCAGAAGCAUUGAUAAAAUAAUCAAAAUAUACAGAGGAGAGUUUGAAGAAAAUUUAGAAAUUAGAAAAAUUCUUAGAGAAAACAAAAUAAAAAUAUUAUAAGCCUAUUAAUAUUUUAUCUUCUGAUGAAUCACCGUCUAAACCUAUUGCUCCUAGUUAAAUUUCAGGUUUGGCAUCUAAAUAUGAGGGAUCUGAAUAGAAAUUGGAUUCUAAAGUAAAUAAGAAAUUUAAUUAAUUGAUGGAUGAGUUGAGAAUAAUUCGAAAGGUAUUUUAAUAUUAAGAUUAUAGAAUAUACAAUAUUUUACAGCAUUUGAUGGAGCUUAUGCUUAAAGCUAAAAAACUUAGAAUAAUUUUAUAUCUUUAAAAUAAUAAAAUGGAAUAAUAGUUAAUAAUGGAAAUCAUAUGACAAGAUUAGAAUUGAUAAAUGAUACUUUUAAAAGUGAGAAAAUAUGUGAUAUUAAUGAGAAUGAUUCAAAAUUUAUAUCAUUUUGUAUAAGUGACAAAAAUAUCUCAAAUGAUAUGUUGAUAACUGGUUCAGAUAGAGGUAAUAUUAUGGGUUGGAAUUUAUUUAAAAAUCAAGCUUAUCAUUAUUAUGGUUUAAACAAUUAAUACAAUUGCAAUUUAUAAAAACAUUCAUUACCAACAUUCAUUACAUAAUCAUUUAAGAAUAUAUAUGUAGGAACAAAAAAUAAUGUAAAUAAUUUAGUUUAUUAAUUUAAGGAAUUAUUGAUUCUAGAUGAAAGAAUGAAUGAAAGAUAAUGUUUAUCAUUAACAAUUCAAAAUUCUUAUGAAAAUUUAAUACAAGCAAAUUCAAUACUAUCACCACUUUUACCUAGAUUUGGAUCUUCAAUUGUUGAAAGUCCUGAAAUAAAUCCAAUUGAUCCAAAUUUAUUAAAUGAAACAAAUUUCAGAUUAGAUGAAGAAUAUGAUUCAAUUAAGGAUGAUUUAAUUGAAGAAUUUCCAUCUUUUGAAUAAUUGAAAGAUUUAAAUAGAUAAGAAUCCUAGCAAAUUAAAUAUAUUGAUGUUAAUGAUUAUAAUGUUCUAGUGACUAUGACAGAUGGUUUUAUUCAUUUAGAUAUGAGGAAUCCAACUGUUGCUUAAUUUAGCUUUUAAUAAAAUUAUUAGUAGGCUUUAAAGGCUAUGUUUUGUCCUGGAAAUUCAAACAAUAUCAUUUAUGCUAAGUAGAAUUCGAAUAAAUGUUUACUAUGGAAUUUAUAAAAGAAUGAAGUACUAUUUCAUAAGGAAUUAUAAAAUAAUCCUUUGGAUAUGAUUGCUUCUCAAGAAACAAAAGAGAUUCUAUUUUUACAUUAAGAAUAAAAUGAUUCCAUAAUUAAAGUGUAUAAUAAUGUCACUUCAAAGUUGAAAUAUUGUGAUGAAAUAAUAAUUCCUAAUUUCCAUAUUUAAAAAAUACUUUUGGAUUAUUAAUGUGAUACAUUGUAUGGUAUUGGACCUUAUUCUUUGAGAACAUGGAAUUACUUUUAAUAAAAGGAAAUAGAUUUGAUACAUGAAGAGAUGCAAAAUUAAUUAGAAUCACUUAUAUGA